AUGUCCUGGCAGCUCUCUGCAGUGGUGGUGCUCUUCGUGUCCCUGGCCGUGAUUUUGCAUUAUGGCGGUCAUGUGAGAGCAAAAGCGUUUCCAGAGAUCACAGGCUAUUCUCCGCCUGCAACAGUACAGGCCACAGCAAAACCUUCUGUCCUGCAGCCAACAAACCGUGUGCCUCAGAAAACUUUAGCAGCAAGGUCAACAGAUGGGCAUGUCACCUCUCAGAUAGCUGUCACAACAUCCACCUCUGAGACCCUAACCACACACACAACCAUAAAAAUUCUAGCAACAGCUUCCCUGGUAACUGCAGACAGCACCCCCUCCACCAGCCCGACAGCCCACACCCUAGUCACGGCCCUGGCCACACCCAACAAGUCACACGCAGCUGCCCCAGUCACUGAGGCUACAAUCAACCUCAGCACAGGUCCCAGUCCACCACCAUCCACCGUCACCCCGCCAGCCCACAGAACUGGAGCCAGGCCGUCGACUGUCAGCCACACAACUGGGAAAGCCACCCAAUUCAGUAACCAGACCACCCUUCCAGCAACGUUGUCCACCACACCACACAACAGCACAACCAGUCAGAAGCCUACUCAACCUACCCACACCCCAGGGCCCACCAAUACAACCCACAGAGCCUCACCUGCCACCAUAGCUCCCAGGCCCACCCUCGCACCCCAGCCAUCGUCAGCCAAGACUGGAAUUUAUCAAGUUCUGAACGGAAGCGAGCUCUGUAUCAAAGCAGAGAUGGGGAUACAGCUGACGGUUCAAGACACAGAGUCGGUUUUUUCACCUCAGAAAUACUUCAACAUCGACCCCAAUGCAACCCAAUCCUCUGGGAACUGUGGCUUCCGAAAAUCCAACCUUCUCUUGAAUUUCCAGGGCGGAUUUGUGAAUCUGACAUUUACCAAGGAUGAAAACUCGUAUUAUAUCAGUGAGGUGGAAGCCUAUUUGACCAUCUCAAAUCCAGAGAAAGUUUACCAAGGAAUGAAAAGUGCAAUGGUGAUGUUUGAGACUGUGGCCGGGCAUUCCUUCAAGUGUGUGAGCGAACAGAGCAUCCAGCUCUCAACCCACCUUCAGCUGAAAACAAUGAAUAUCCAACUUCAAGCCUUUGAUUUUGAAGGCAACCACUUUGGAAAUGUGGACGAAUGUUCAUCUGACUACACAAUUGUGCUUCCCGUGAUUGGGGCCAUCGUGAUUGGUCUGUUCGCAGUGGGUUUGAUUGUCUAUGGAAUCCGCUUAAGGCGUGAAUCUUCUGGAUACCAGAGAAUCUAA